AACCGUUGACCCGAAAAACCAUAACGGGAGUCCAUCAGUCACCCACUACAUCCGGCGACUAUGGCGGCGGAGUACGAUCCGAAACGUGCUUCCGGCGACUAUUCGUCCGCCGUGAAUGACGGCGUGACGGUGGAGGAAUGCCAAGAUAUGAUCCGGCGAAGUCUCAGAACUCCAAUGGUGGAAUUUUUGAGGGAGCAUUUGGAGAACGCUGGAUGCAGUAUUGGGGAAAAAUUCAUCAAGGCCGUCCCCUGCGACAAGGAAAUCGGUGGCGGUUAUCUCCGCGGCCAAGGGGUGGAAAUCAGACCUUCGGCUCUCGAUUGUCACUUGUGUGUCCAUUUCUUCUUUGUGCUGCUGGACUUGAGGCAGGAGUAAGGGAGCUGGGAAUCUCAAGGAAGUCCUCCAUUGAAUUGAAUGGGGUGGGAAAGGUUUUGAAAAGCGGUUGCAGUCGCCGUAACGAUUGCAGUGACGCGAUAGCGGUUGUGGGGUGUAUAGGCCGUAGCGUAACAGUUGCGAUAAUGGUAUGUAGUAAUCACAUGAACUUCCAAGAUGAGGUCAACCAAGUAGUUGUCCAUGAGCUCAUUCAUGCUUAUGACGAUUGUCGUGCCGCAAACUUGGACUGGGCGAAUUGUGCUCAUCAUGCUUGUAGUGAGAUUCGGGCUGGUCAUUUAAGUGGUGAUUGCCACUACAAGCGAGAAUUGCUGCGUGGUUUUGUAAAGAUACAAGGCCAUGAACAAGACUGUGUGAGAAGAAGAGUAAUGAAAUCGGUGAUUGCUAAUCCUUACUGCUCAGAAGCUGCUGCUAAGGAUGCUAUGGAAGCUGUAUGGGAUGUUUGUUAUAAUGAUACAAAACCCUUCGACAGAGCUCCAUGAAACAAGGGAAUACUGCAUCUCCAUCAGUGCCUAACCAGCUGAUGUGCCAAUUGGUCUACCAGAUGGAUAUGAUCCAUGAUUGAUUCUGGCUCUUAGCAAAAUAGUAAAAUUUCACAUUCACUUCUAUUAUUUGAGUUACAUUCGAUGGAAUACAAACUUUGGUGGUCAUUUCUAUCAGAUUUUCCCUUUAUUUUCCCAGUAAAUCAAAGGGAGGAUCUGACCCCC